AUGUUCACCUCAGAGCAGCAACACCACCACCUUCAGAUCCUCGGACACCAUCCCGCCUCCCCCGUCGGCUGCUCCUUCCUCGACCUCCCCGCCGACGCCUUCACCCGUGGUGCCUCUUCAUCUUCCAACAACUCCCACAGCGAGUCUGAAGGUUACACCUCACCUGCCGCAGAGGACUGCCAGGCUUCGACCGAUUACAUGUACUCGCAGCAGCACAUGCAACACUCCAGCAAUUCUCAACAACAGCAACAGCAGUACUCGAACGACCAGUUUGCCACUAUGGCCCCAUCAUACAUGAUGUCGAUGGCCCGUUCCUUCUCUGAAAGCCAGCUCUCCGAGAUCUGCUCUAGCCCCAGCCUCUCGGGCAAUACCACCGUCAAGAUGGAGCUCUGCGACUCGCCCUCGCUCUACCCUCACCAUGCCAUCUUUGAGUCUGCCGAUGACUACCACUACCGCAACCAUAACAACCACCACAGCCAUAACGUGUACUCUACUCAGUACCAUAACCAUCCCGGUUACCAACAGCACCAUCACCACUCUCAUAGCUACUCGACCAGCUCACUAUCGACCCUGUCUUCCUCCGACGACUCUUCGUCUAUGUCUCCAAGAUCGACCUUCUCGACAGGCUCCCUUUCGCUCUCGAGCUCGACCAACUCCCUGGGUGCCGUCUCCGGCUCAUCUUACCCCCUCUCCCGGACCCUGAGCGAGCCCUCCAUCAUGCCCAUUUCCCAGACAAUGUCGACUUCCUCCUCAAUGUCCGACCUCUCAAGCCUGUACGACUUCAACUGCCUCGAAGAUACCAAGUCCUCCAUCCUCCUCAUGGCCACAAGUCCCAUCAUCUCUGCCACAGCCGCCACAACUGGCGCACCCAAACGCUCCCGCGGCCGCCGCGUCUCAAGCCACCCCGAUAACUCUGGAUGCAAGAUCUUCAAGUGCCGCUUCGAUGACUGUGGCAAGAUCUUCAAGCGCUCCGAGCAUCUCAAGCGCCACGUCCGCUCCAUCCACACCCUCGAGAAGCCCUUCGAGUGCCCCAUCAACAACUGCCCCAAACGCUUCUCCCGUUCCGAUAACUUGAACCAGCACAUCCGCAUCCACCGUCAUACUUCCGGUGCUCGCGCUGCCGAGAAGCAUUCCAAGGCCAUGGCUUCCUUCACCCCCUUCUUGGAUACCUACUCCACUGGGCUCCUCACCCUCUAG